AAAAAGUAGUGAUACAGAAGAGUAAGCUAUACUGCUAUACAUUUACAAUAGUAGUCAGUUGACUAAACAUUAUUAUUUGUGUUUGAGAAAGUUAAACGAUUUACAAUAUAUAUCGGUUGUGUUUGCGCACGAGGACUGAAAUAACCGCUUGUUCAAUUUAGAGAUGCUAACAACCUGGAAGCUCAGUUUUUGUCGGUUGUGAGGAUGUAAUGUUUGCCUGCUGCCGUUCGCCUUCAAAAUGAAUUCGUAUCACGUCUUGGAGCUGGUGGGAGAGGGCUCAUUUGGCCGAGUUUACAAGGGGAGGAAAAGAUUUACUGGCCAGGUUGUGGCUCUAAAGUUCAUGCCCAAGGUGGGACGGUCCGAAAAGGAACUGCGAAGUCUCAAGAGAGAAAUUGAAAUUAUGAGAGGUCUUCAACAUCCUAAUAUUGUACAGCUUUUUGACAGUUUUGAGACUGAAAAUGAGGUUGUGGUUGUGACAGAGUAUGCGGAGGGGCAGUUGUUCCAGAUUCUUGAAGAUGAUGGGAACUUAGCAGAGAGCCAGGUGCGUGAGAUAGCGUGCCAGCUGGUCUCAGCUCUUUAUUACCUACACUCACAUCGCAUCCUUCACCGUGACAUGAAACCACAAAAUAUCCUGUUGGGAAAAAGUGGUGUGGUGAAACUAUGCGACUUUGGGUUUGCCAGAGCCAUGAGUGUCUCCACCUUGGUGCUGACCUCUAUCAAGGGAACACCACUGUACAUGUCUCCUGAGCUGGUGGAGGAGAAGCCCUACGACCACACUGCUGAUCUCUGGUCUCUGGGCUGCAUCCUUUAUGAACUCCACACGGGGGCGCCUCCGUUCUACACUAACUCCAUCUUCCACCUGGUGCAGCUCAUCGUGAGAGACCCAGUGAAAUGGCCAGACACUAUGAGCGACACCUGUACGAGUUUCCUGAAAGGUUUGUUGACCAAAGACCCUCAGAAACGAUUGUCGUGGCCAGACCUCCUGCACCAUCCCUUUGUUGCUGAUGGUGUUCUAGUGGUGUCAGAUACGAGUGUUUUCAGCCCUUUGACAGUCAUGCCCAGCCCAGACAUGCUGGCGAUGAAACGUAAACAAGUUGCAGAAAAGUCUUUGCCGACUUCUGGAGAGAGCAGGUUAUUGCGAAAGGCCAGAGAACAGAGGGAGAACCGAAAGAAACCAGUUGGCAGCGAGAACACCACUAUAAAGAAGGACGGUGUGGGAAAUGAAAGGGUCAACUCUGCUACGGCAACAGCUUCUCCUACAGUGAGCGUUCCCACGGCCCCAUCCAGUAAGGCUUCUGUUCCUUCGGGUCAAUUAGUUGUGAGGACGGCCAAUCAAAGCCUAAACCCAAAGAUUCCUGCCACAACCAGAUCAAAACACAGGGGUCAGAUCAGCAGAGACUAUGAGCAGGAAUUUCCUUCUGUAGAGGUCGGGCCACAACUGGUGCAGCGAUGCAUUGAGAGCCAUCAGGCCACGCUGUGUAGGCAGGAGGUUGAUAAUGAGGAGUACUGGGAGAAUCUGGCAGAUUUGAGCAGGGAGCAGAACAAACUGUUUAACUACAGUCCCAUUAUACCCCAGCUUAAAUCCAAGAUCCUGGUAUUUAAAGCUCAGCUGACAGGUGGAAUAAAGGAAUUUCAGCACAUUCACCAGCCACUGAAGGUCCUGCAGAAUCUGAUCCUGAGGCAUGACCUCCAUAAGUCACACCACCAUGAACUUGGACUACCCCGAGUCCUUUUUGAGCUAAUCCACGAUGCUGUAGAAAACAAAGAAUUCAUCAAGCAACAGUGGAGUGUGCCGGCUCUUGGAGAAAUGAUUACAGUGCUUCUCAUCUACUGGGAGCAGCAUGAUGGCUGGAUGGAAGAAGAGCCUAGGAUGGAAGAGUUCACCAAACCUUUCAACAUGAUUCUUUCUCAUCCCAGUCUCAGUCCUUUGGCACCCCUGGCUGCUUCUGUUUUGUCUCUCUUCACACAACUUGAUAUUGAUGUUGAAGUUAAUACGGAUGUUCUAAUCUCCUUGCUGAAGAUUUUGGUCUCUGAUUCAUUUGAGCCCAAAGUGUCUCCACCCUGUGGUUGGGGACUCUGUGAUGGUGUCCUGUCUUUAUUCCUAUACGCUCUCUCUGAGCAUGGAAAAGCCCCUUUGCCUUCAUGUUUAAAUUCAGUUAUGUUUCCGGAUCUUUGGAAAAAGAUUGGUACAUCACUAGCAAGCACAACCCCAGACAUGAUCUUCUGUUCAGCAAAUGGGUUGUUUUCUUUUCUGUCUAUUGCGCUGUUUGUCUUCACCAAGGAUCCAUACUCAUGCAUCCCUCUGUUUUCUGACAAUGAAUCCAAAUGUGUCUACACUCUUGGCAGGCUGCUGGCAAAUGACUGUCCUGGGAGACGUGAGGUGGAUCUGAUUCAUGAAAAGUUAUCUGCGCUGAGCUGCCACUUGUUAUGUUUUCCAUUUGCCCUGGAUCUGCCUUCGCACACCAUGUCCAAAGUUUUGAAGAUAAUUCAAACUUUCCCUCUUCCACUGCUGGAGCUGCCUCUCUCCUUGUUGGGCCGUUUGCUCUUGUGCGACCCUGAGCACUCUGUUUCCCAUCUCAGAAAAGCUACUUCUGGCUUUUUCUCACCACCCCGAGACAGGCAGCUCACUGCCUCCAGACACAAGCCUCCUUUGACCAGAAGUGCCAGCUCUCUGCUGUCUGACUUGCUGCAGCUAGACGGGCUGUGGGCCUCUGCUGCGAAGCUCCUUACUCUGUUAUCCCAUGUAGCCCGCUGUUUACUUGGGUCUGCCAGCCUCCAGGUUUAUGUGGCAUCUUCAGUGCUGCAGAAGGCACUAACUCACACUCAUGACCAGAUCAGGGCUGCCACGUGCAGAUUUUUAGGAAAUCUGAAUCCAUUCAGGCCUCCUGCACCAGAGACACUGCACCCCGUCGUUUUCAAAGGCAUGAUAGACUGCCUUCAUGACUCCUGCGUGCCUGUCCGGCGGAUGGCCUGCUGGGCAGUUGGGAACUGGUUGGGAUAUAUUGCGUGCACUGACACUGCAGGGAGGGGCAAAGAAAAGGAACAAAAUAAACCUUCACAUAUUGAGGUGGGAGACAAUUUGGUGACAACUAAAGAGCAGAGAGUUGACGAUGAGGAGGGGAGACGAUGGACACAGGAAGCCAGGAGAACUGCAUCCAUGUUGGCAUCUCUAAUCAGUGAUCCUGAUGCCCUCACUCGGCGCCACUGUUGCGCCGCGCUGGGAAACCUGGUAAACGUUGAUGGGGUUUUACAGUUGUUGCUGGAGGAAGAUGUGUUCAGUUUACUUCUGAGAUCUGCAUGCACAGAUUCCCAUAAUGCAGUAAGACAAGCUGCUAUAGCAACUCUGUGCCUUUACAGCCAGCAGGAAGAAGUCCGUCAGGUCCUGACAUCCGUGGACGCCAGUAAGAAACUUGUUCGGGCUUCCCAACGAGACCCUCCACAGUGUGACUACCAGCAGCUCCUUGGACUGCUGCAAGUCGCUGCAGCUCACCAGGAAUGACGGCACACUGACAAGCUGCUGGUCUCCAGCUGUGCGUUAGACAAAUCCAUCACCAACCAUAUCCCGUUGUUGCAAUAAAAACAAUUGUAAAACA